AAAUAAAAGAGAAAUAUCACGUGUAAGUAGUUAAGAGAAAUUACAUUGUUGAUUUCAACGGUUUUGUUCUUUUAUAUAUCACGAAUGUUGGAUUAAAAGUAUAUGUUCAAUCAUAACAAUAAUAUCAAAAAUAGAAAUAAUUAACAAUUGUUACAUUUUGGUGCGAAAAUUCUGCAUGCACAAUGUCUGGAAGAUAUCAUAAAUAAAUAUUGUAAAAUAUUCUAAAUGUCGCAACGUUCAAUAAAACUAUUUUUUUGAUUAUAAAAGAAAGGUUUUGUAUCCUUCGUCAUGCAAAACUUGAAUGAUAACGACAAAUCUUUAUCUAUAGCGGACAACGAGAAUAUUACUAGUAACCCAAGUGAAACCAUAAAACUACCCGAAAAAAACUCUACAGAUACAGCUUUGAACUUAGACUCCGAUUUUAAAAAUAUAGAUUCAACUGAAGAGCCACCUAUUCCCGAUAGUUCUUCCUCUGCUUCAUACCAACCAACUUCAGUAACACCACCAACACCAGCAAUGACGGUUACAACGAAAGCAACUACAACUUCUACCACAACGACGAUUUCGAGACAACCAGAUAAAAAAUCUAAAUAUGGCUUUAUAUCUAACUUACUAAGUAGCAACAGUUCUUCCAAUUCUGUGUCUACAACGUCGUCUGGUACAGAUGUUUCGAAAAAAAAAUCAAGUUCAAUGGACUCUGGAAUUAGAUUCAAGUUAUUUAAGUCUUGGAAUAAUAAUACACAAGAUAAUGAAUAUAAGAGUAUAGAAAAAGCCUUGGCGAGAUUUCAAUCCAAGGAUCGUCAUAAAGUGGAUGUUAUAAAAUCAGUUUUAAUUCCUUGGCUCAAAAAAUAUAUAACAAUAAACGCAACAGACAAAGGUUUACAACAUGGCCGAGUCAUUUUGUUAAAGUGGUGGAAUAUAUUAAUUUCAAAUCUACCUAAUGCGGCGUAUACAGAUCGAACCCUUUAUUUUGAAUGUAUUUUAUCGUUAAUGACUAGAAACGAGUUUGAAUUUUUCGACCGGAUAGGAUCAAUUCCUCAACUUGAUACUGCAGACACAUACAUGGAAAUUCCUAUUAAUACCAUAAUAACAUAUCGUGCUGCUUUAAUGUCAACUUUACAUUACGCGAUUGAUAGACUUAAUCAAAAAGGCGUUUACUCGAACGUAAUUUCAUUUUGUGCGCGUGUUUUAGCUUUAUGUUUUUUCAAAAUUCCUGGUGUUGGAUUUGCUUUAUUGCAAGCAUUGCCGGUAAGUAAAUCACACAUCAAGCGAAUACUAAAGGAGACAGCCGGUGAAGAAGAUUCUAGUCCCGAACGUAUGAAAGAACAGAACGAAAAAAUUUCUGCUUUGUUUCCAGAACAUUUAAAAAUUUUGUGCUUCUUAAAUUUAAGAUCAUGGUGGCGACAGUUUGAAAAUGCAAAACGUAUUUGGGGUGAGCCACCUAUAGAAAUGAGUGGUAAUUGGAUAAGGCGUUGGCAGAGUGACGAUAGUGAAUUGUUCUUUUCGUUCUAUAAAUACUAUCAUGUCGUGCUUAAAUCUUACCUCGCGUCGCAUUUCACUCGAUCGGUCAAAACUGCGACUCCACCGUUUGAGUUUAUUACUGCACCGGGUUAUAUUCAUCUUGCAUCAUUUUUCCUUCUCAAGAUUGAAUCUCUUAUCCAUCGUAAUAUUCAUACGAUCACGACAGUGAUUCAAUUUGAACAUCCAAGAGGAGGCGGAAAUACAAAUAGUGUUAUACAAGGAGGUAAUGGAAUAUCAAAUGGAAUGAAUCCUAAUGCAACGGCUAUUGGAAUGGGUUCGAUUACAAACACUAGCAUUGACGGUGGUAUAGUAGCUAAUGCAGAAGCAAACGGAAGUGUAGCUUUAGGGGGAGGAGUUACUGUUGGUGCAAUAGGCGUCAAUAGUGGGAAACCAAAGGUUUUGGAGAUGGCGGGCCGACGUUUUGUUGAAACUAUGGUUUCUAUUGUCGACAAUGGGUUUUUCCAAGAAAUGUGUAACAUUUGGAUUAAAGCUGUAGUUAAGAAGACAAAUAUGUAUGAUGUGGAAGGCGUAUUUUGUCUAUUAGAUUUUAUUGAUACGUUAAUUAUUGAAUUGGAUAAUAGGGACAAUAUUAUUUCUUCAGAAUCUAUGAUUUCACAUUCGGUUAGCUUAGAUAACACAGAAAGUUCUCGAUUCAUUGCACCAAAUCUCAUAAACAUACUUGAUGUCCCUUUUUAUAUUUCCCUUAUUAAACUACUACUCGAACAAUCAGACCAUUCCAUUACCAUUCUAAGAACAAUAAGCUUUAUUUAUACGCACUUUUUCCUUUUAACGUCACAAGCCGCUUACCUUAAACAAUUAGUUAAAGAAAUACUUUUGGACGAGAUGUUUGAAAUAUUAUUUUGUCAUUGGUCAAGAAAUGUCAGAAUAUAUUAUAUGCGUUUAUUAGUAUGGCGUUUAGGAAGAAUUGGAGGUGGAGUCGGAAAGCAUGAUGAUAAAAAAGAAGAAGUUAAUGACAGUGGUAUAAUUAUUGAGGAUAAUGAAGAAAUAGUUAUUGAUAUUUUAGUCGCAUUGCAAAGUCGUCUAGAAAAUGUGCGACAGUAUCACGAAUUUCUAUCCAAUUAUACAGGAGACAUGAGGGAUAUAGAACAAGCUUUUAAAGCAAAACUGGCUGAACCAACUGUUGAAUCAAUUACUGAAUCAACGGUUGAAGGCAAUUCAAACAAAGCUGAUAGUAGUAAUAACGAAGAAGUGCAAAAUCAGCAAAUAGUUGAGCCUCGGAAUAUUUCUUCUUCUUCAUCCGUUUUAUCUGUCUCGACUUCGACUUUAUCAUCGUCUUCACCAAACAAGAACCGCAGGUCGAGACUGUCAUUUAAGGAAUUCGCUGCAUUACAACAAUCGUCUGGCAAAGAAAUGUCGACAGCGGCGUGUUUUGUCCGUUGGAUUUUUCCAAAUGGAUCACACAGAUCUUCCGGCUCUCACAAAUCGAAUCAAAAACAAAUAUCGUCUACGUUGACAACAACACCACAAAUUCCUACACGCAUAAGAAGUAAAGCAAUGAUACAGCCCUUAGCAAGGCAGUAUGCUACUCAUAGACAUACUUAUGCAGGAAAAGCGAUUGUAGAGUACGAAGCUGUUAAUCAAGAAUAUGCUGAAUGGUGUGCACAAAUUGCAAUUAUUGAAAAAGGAAAUUUAGGCGAUGGUAAUGGUGUCAAUAAUAACAUUGAAACAAAUUCUAUGACGGUCAGAUUCCCAGGUUUGGCAGUGGAAUAUCCGAAAUAUUUUGGAAAUGGGUUCGGAAAUUCUCCAUUGAUGUGAGAUCGAAUCAUCAUUAUAAACAUUGUAAAUUUAUUUUUUUUAUUUUACUUUUUUCUAUUUUUUUUAAUUUUAUUUAUAGAACAUUUUUUUUUAUUUAAUAUUAUUGUUUUAAAAUUCAGAGUUCACAAAAAUUUUAGUUAAAUGAGGACGGGAAAAAAUGUAUUUAUAUUCAUAGACUAAAUAAUUAUAAAUUUUUUUUUUUAUGUUUCAACAAAAAAAUAACUAAAUUAAAACAAAAAGAUUUUUAAACUAAAAUAUUUCAAAUAUAUAUAUUAUUUAUUAAAA